CACUGGCAGAGCCUACCUGCUCACACAGCUCGUCGUUCUCUGUGCCGGUGCUGCUGCUCCCGCUGCUGCUGUUGCUGCUGUUCGGUUAUAAGGCCGCGGCUCAGCGGCAUGGCGAAUCAGUCAGUACCUGGCCCUUUGUCGGACGUGUGUUACGUGUUGCAGUGAGCCCUCUUCCCUCGCACGGCCCCCCGCUGAUAGUGAGAGAGAUGAACAGAAAGCGGACGAGCCUUCUGCGCUGGCUGCAACAGCUGCUUAGGACGCUUCUGUUGCGUCUUCUCAGCGAGUUCAAAUCGGAGGCCGGUCUCACGGAGACGACUCCAGGCAGCAACAGGUGCAGGCCAAAACGGGACGAAAUCGUGCCCAUACCCCGCGUCAAGGGGCUGCCUGUGGUGGGGACACUGCUGGACCUGAUAGCCGCUGGCGGAGCCACACAACUACACAAGUACAUCGAUGCCCGCCAUCGGCAGUACGGUCCCAUCUUCAGGGAACGCUUGGGCGGCACUCAGGAUGCGGUGUUCGUGUCUUCGGCCAGUCUGAUGCGUGGGGUCUUCCUGCACGAAGGUCAAUACCCGCAGCAUCCGCUGCCAGAUGCCUGGACGCUCUACAACCAGCGGCAUGCCUGCCAACGUGGACUGUUCUUUAUGGAGGGGGCGGAGUGGCUGCACAACCGGCGUAUACUUAAUCGCCUGCUCCUCAACGGAAAUUUGAAUUGGAUGGACGUGCAUAUUGAGAGCUGUACGAGGCAGCUGGUCGACCAGUGGCGCACCCGAACUGAAGAGGCGACUACAGACGGCGACGUCAACGUCAACGCCCCAGGGAGCAGCUACUACGAAUUACCGGAUCUGGAGCAGCAGCUGUACCGUUGGUCCAUAGAAGUGCUCUGUUGCAUCAUGUUUGGCAGCAAUGUCCUGACCUGCCCCAAAAUACAGUCGGCUCUGGACCACUUCACCCAGAUCGUGCACAAGGUUUUCGAGCAUAGCUCGCGCCUGAUGACCUUUCCGGCCAAAUUGGCCCAGCUGCUGCGCCUCCGCAUUUGGCGCGACUUUGAGAGCAACGUGGACGAAGUGCUGCGCGAGGGAGCCGCCAUCAUAGACCACUGCAUUGGGGGGGAGAUCAUCGGAGACGGACAGACGGAGCUGCGAGAGGAGACGCUCUUCCAUCGACUGCAGGCGGCAGAGGUGCCCGCCGAGAUGAUCAAGCGUAUUUUUGUGGAUCUGGUCAUAGCAGCAGGUGACACGACCGCCUUCAGCAGCCAGUGGGCGUUGUUCGUCCUGUCGCGGGAGCCACAUCUGCAGGGUCGACUUGCCCGCGAGCGAGUGGCGUCCGAGUCGCAGCUGCUGCACGGCCUUAUCAAGGAGUCCCUGCGUCUGUAUCCCGUGGCGCCGUUCAUCGGACGCUACCUGCCGCAGGAUGCGCAUCUUGCAGGCCAUUUCAUUGAGAAAGAUACCAUGGUACUCCUCUCCUUGUACACAGCCGGUCGCGAUGCCUCACACUUUGAGCAGCCGGAGCGGGUUCUGCCCGAACGCUGGUGCGUGGGCCGGUCGGAGCAAGUGCACCAGUCGCACGGCAGCCUGCCCUUCGCCAUAGGCCAGCGGUCGUGCAUCGGUCGACGUGUAGCUCUCAAACAGCUGCACUCGCUGCUGGGCAAAUGCGCCACCCAAUUCGAGAUUCAGUGCCUCAACGAGCGGCCCGUCGACUGCAUGUUGCGUAUGGUCACAGUGCCCGACCAGACGUUACGCCUGGCCCUACGGCCGCGUUCCCCCGAGUGAUACGGCACACACACACAGAUGCAGUUCCUCUAAUUCUAUUCGUAGUUGUACACGUAGCCGUAAUCGUAGUUUCCCUUUAUUUUUAUACAAAUAUAUAAACCUCAAACUAC